UUCAGAGAUACAAACAGAUUCAAAUUCAAAAUUUGAAAUUCAGAAGUGAGAGACAGAAGAAUGAAGUCAGUUUCAGGAAUCUACAGGCAGAAGAAGAAGAACCCCGCCCCCACCAAAUCUUCCAAGAAACAACCACCGUCACGCGCCGCCACCACCGCCGUGCCCCAAACACCGGCCCUCCCCGAUCUCCAAGAUGAAAGCAAUGGAAACGAGGCGGUGCUGCGUCAAUUCGAUCUGAACAUGGCCUACGGGCCUUGCAUCGGCAUGCCGAGGCUCGCACGGUGGGAGCGUGCCCAGAAGCUAGGGUUGAACCCUCCCCAGGAAAUCGAGAGGCUCUUGAAGUCUGGUAAAGUUCAAGCAGAAUCGUUAUGGAAUGGUUGUAUUUAGAAUCAGGAAGAUGAUGAACAAGCGUUGUCACUGUAACUUCUGACUUGUUUGAUUAGGUUUUCUGAUUUGGGAAAUCAGCUUCUGGCUGUGUCCUGUUUCCCCUGCUUACAUGUUAUAUGUGUUAUUUGACUCUGAAUUAGUAAUGGUGAAUGCUUAGCUAAGUGAAAUAUUAAUGUUUUCUUGCUUCUAAUGUUUUAUGAAACCCUGGUUGAUUUUA